ACAGUACAGCCGAUGAAAUACUUAAUACUACUUUGUUUAUUCAAAUCAAAAUUAUUUUUACAGAACAACAGAUUUAUUUAAUUCAGUUUAAUUAAUAAAUGAUGGUUUCCUUGUUGAAUAUAUGCAUGGAAAUGUGUUUAAGCAAAUUGUAUUUUUUCUUAAAUUAAGUAUUUUCAAGCAUAAAACUGCAAAACAAACUAACUAAAUUACUUUUAUUUUUUGUAAUAUAAACUCCUGCUUUUGUGAUUUCAUCUUUUGCAGUGAGUUUUGCAAAGGCAUGACCUUUAAACUAAAUGAUUUUGCUCCAUUCUGUUGCUGUCUUCUGAUACAGAAAAUAACCUUGUUUAUGUUCAAAUUUACACAUCCUCUCAUUGCUUCCCUCCUGAACAGAACCCUUUCUUACCAAAACAAACCCAAGUCCCCUAUAGACAUCCUAAAAAUACCCAGCACUAUGAGAGUUCCUCUCGCUGCUCCAUCACAUUAGGAGAAUUUGUGGCAACUCAAUCACAUCUUUUGCAGACUGCCUCGUCGUACAUAAUGGUAGGUUUUCCACAUUGGGCCAUUGUUUCCCAUCUCAUCUAGAGUAGGUAUUGUUGACUAGUAUCCCUGCCAGCCACAGUCAAUGCAAGGAAACAUAUGGUCAUGGGAGAAAAAUAGCAACGUUUUUUCACAUGACUGUAAAUGACAAUACAUUGAGGCCAGCAAAAUUAUCAAGUUGAUUUUCAUUAAUUUUGUGAUGAAUUAAUUUAGUUAUUAUUGUCCCAUUUUUUUGCUGAAUCUUAUCACGUUUGAAUCUUGUGACACAAGAUCUUUUGACAGCCCUAGUUUUGCAUAUUACAAUGCUUUUGCGUAAACCUACGUAUAUCGAUUGGUAGGAAGUGAAUGGUAUCCGGAAUAAUAAUUUUGGACCACUGAAGUGUAAUUUUUGGACUGUUUUGUUAUGUAUUUACAUUGUCACGUUUCUUUACACUGCUGCAGCCAUUAAUCCCAUACAUAGGCCAAAUAUCUGUCUGCUAUCCCAGUGGUCUGAUCAUUAUUAAAGAUUAUUUUGAUAAACCUGCACCACGCCAAAUCCAGUUCAACGUCUGAUCUUCUCAGUGGCUGAAAGAUCCAAAUAGGGCACAUUAAAAAAUAUAUACAUCUAUAGAGUAUCCUCCUGUCAGAUUUCCUGCAUGGUGUGUUCAGGAGAUGACAAAAAUGGACACGGAGCGCAACUGGAGGCUUAUUGGGACAUCCCAAGCUGUUCCUGAGUUGUCUGGCAUUAGUGUUUAAUUAAAUGUGCCGAGGAAAAUUCCAAUCUGUUCCCACAUUAGGGUCUGUCCCUGUGGAUUAAGGUCACAUUGGACAUGAAAAUAAUAGUGAUUUUAUUAUUUGGUGGGUGGUGUCCGGUAGUUCUCUAACUCAUUUUCUGCCACUUGUCUUGUUCAGGGUAACAUGUUGUUGCAUAGGGACGUUCAUUCAUGAUGGGGUGUUUUGUUAGUGUGGAUGCAUUCCACUAUAUGCUUUAUGUGCCAUUCAUUUGUAUGCAUGCAUAAUAUUUGGCAGCCCCUUUCAAUAGCUCCUUUGUGUACUUGCCUGGACGGAGCAAGUUCCAACAGUUUGGUUAGCUCAGGCAGGCGUGUCAAUUGGUAGGCGGGGGUGACAGUGUGCAGGAUGUAGAGAGAGACCAGUUGUGGCUCUCAAUGAACUACAGUGUGUUGAACUGGAUCGCAAAAGGCUCUGUGCGUUGGACAAAAUGCUCUCUGCUCUUGUAGCGCACUUUCUCUUCUCUCUCAUCAUCGUCAAUGUUAUCCCCACAACUCCUGUUGUGGAGGAGAGACGUCCCCAGGCUGCAAAUGGAGCUGUUAGUGGGUCUCUGGUCAAGAGCAGAAAGAGGGUUUUUCCAGUGCCUCACACUCAGAAGCCCGACCCCGUAUCCGAAGCUUUCAGCUACUGCAACAGCCCCAACCGCACAGAACAAGCCUGGGAAGGUCACAGUCCAGCAGACUACACCCUGCUGUCUGUCCAGAUAAUGAUUCGUCAUGGGGACCGUUACCCUCUCUACUCUAUUCCCAGGACCAAAAGGCCCGCCAUAAACUGCACCCUGUCCAUAAGCAGGAAUCCCUCGCACCCUCUGCUGAGCGCUUUCAUUAGUCACAUGGCCCAGGGAGGCCGUGGACACUGGGAGUCGUCUUUGGCCUCCAUCCCUCGCCUCCCCAACCACAGUGCUUGCGAGAUGGGAGAGCUCACGCAAACUGGUGUGGUGCAGCACUUGCGUAAUGGGCAACUCCUCCGCCAAGCUUACCAGCGCCACCACCUUGUCCCUGCAAACUGGUCACCUCGUCAAGUGUGGGUGGAGACCACAGGGAAGAGCCGCACUCUUCAGAGCGGACUGGCUUUCCUCUACGGCUACCUCCCAGAAUUCAACUGGAAGAAACUGACCGUACGCCACCAAUGGAGCACGUUGUUCUGUGGCUCCGCCUGCGACUGCCCGGCCAGGAACCGAUACCUGGAGGAGGAGCAGAGGAGGCAGUAUCGUCUCAGGGUGGCCGAUACUGAACUGGAGAGAACUUAUGUUGACAUGGCCCGCACGUUGGGUGUUCCCACACGCACCCUCAGAGCGGCAAACCCCAUAGACUCCCUGCUGUGCCACUUGUGCCACGGCCUAUCGUUCCCAUGCAUGUCCAUGGAAGACGGUAGCGUGGGCGGGUGUUUAACAGUGGCUCAGUUUGCUGUAAUCCGUCGACAACAGCUAGACGAUGAGGCGCAUCGGAGAAGAGCAGGAAUCUAUCGUAAAUAUGCAAUCCUGGCCAUGUACCCCUACCUCAACCGAACCGCCUCCAGGAUGGAGCGAGUUGCCAAGGCUGCUGCAGGUCGACAGCCACCGAGAGCGAGAGAUGACGUGUUCACCCUUUCCUCCGCUCACGAUGUGACCAUGGCGCCCUUGCUGAGCGCACUGGGACUGGAGAAAGCCAGGUUCCCGCCAUUUGCAGCAAGACUGGUGUUUGAACUGUGGAAGAGUCCCUCGGUGGCUCAGGGGGAGCAGAAAAAGAGGCAGACUAAAGGUGAGAGGAUAAAAACAAGAGAUGGAGGGUUUUUCAUCAGGUUGCUGUACAAUGGAGAGGACGUGACAUUUCACACCACUUUCUGUAGCUCCCUUUCCCGCCACAACAUCCAGCCACUUUGCCCUCUGAAGAACUUUCUUUCCUUUGUCAGGAAAGACAUGUUCAGCGUUGUCAAUUCUAUGUCCUACCAAGAGGCUUGCUUUAGGCGUCCUGGUUGAGAAUGGUGCUGCACGGAAGGAUACUUGGUUGUCUUCUCCGUUUACUCUUUCAGCAAAAUUUCAACCAUGAUACUGUGGUGUCACACAAUUAUGUCAUUCCACUCAUUUGUAAAAACAAUGUGGCAGACAUCUAUGGUUAUUUUGUUUACAUUCAAUGCAACAUAUUUUUCCAAGUUGUGACAUUGUUAUGGAACUGCCGUUGUUAUUUGCAACAGUAAGGUCAGGGAGCGUAGAGUAGCGAUACAACCUGAAUGCAGUCGUGCAAACAUACACUACUCACAAAAAGUUAGGGGUACUUUCUGGGUGGAAUUUCACGAUGAAACUCAAAUGAACUACAGUCGUGGUUAAUUGGCUCUAGACUUGACCAGAAUUGUUUGAUUGUAGUUAGGGCAUAGAAAACCUGUCUUUACAAUCGUGUUAAUACAGUUUUUAACAUUAUCAGAGCCGUCAACACAUGAAAUAACACGCCUUACAUUUGUGUGACCCAAUAUAGUAGAUAUAAUCACUGAAAAUAAGGUGAACAGACGCACUCGUAAGCAGUUCCUUGUUUUUUUCUGGACAGCGUACUUCCUACUGUGGCUCUUAUCUCAUCACGGUAUUGUAAUGGAGGCUUUAAAUGGCUUCACACUCAUUAUUACCCAAUAUAGUAGAAAUAAAUGAGCCAUCUAAGACAUACAUAAAACUGUUCCUUAGCAUCACGUUUAGCCCUCGUCUCACCAAACACUGAUUAGCAUUUAUGUUUUAGUUCAUUUAGUUGGUUCAUUUAGCUAAUAAUAAGUACAAUUUGCUUAAAUAUGCAUUUUUAAACUAAUAAUAGGCAGUAUUCACCCACAAAAAACCAUGAUAGAGCAAGGUAGCGAGGUUCAAACUGUUCAUCAUGCUUUUCACAUUUUGAGACAACCUACCGGAUGUUCACAGAAGGAAGAAAGGUGUACCAUAUGUAUGUAGAGCAUAUUUAAAACACAUGUCACCAGUUGUAAGUUCUCCCAUUCGCCUCCCUGUUAGACGACAUUCAAAGUAGUAGGUUCAUUCUGAAAUUUCACGUGCAAACUGAAUAUCUUUAACAUUUUGUGAGUGUUCAAGGUAGUGGCACUAAGACACUUUAUUCUUACAUGUCUGACAUUAUCAUGUAAUUUUGUACAUUCCAGGGAAUUGUCAUUUUUACAAAUACAGUAUUCCAGAUCUGGAAGAAAUAUUGAAGCUGGAAAUACUAUGCUGGAUUAAACAUUCACAGAUUUGUUUUUGUG